ACAAUCUGCUUAAACCCUACUAAAGCCCCCUCCUCUCAUUUCUCCUCCAGCCUCUCCAUACAAGAAGAACGGCUAGGUUUAGGGUUUCCUGCCAUGCCAGGUCAGCUCUUGUCUCUUCGACUCCUCCAAUCCUCAUCCGCCACGUGUCCAUUUCCCAUGAAACUUCAGACGAUCACUACCGUCCAUCCGUCUCGCCCCAUCUCCAUUUUCAACACCAUCUUCCCUUUCAAGCUCAAAUACCAAACCCUCUCUACAAAGUCGCGCCGUUUUCAUCUCCCUUCGAAAGAAGCUUCUGGAAUCCGGAGAUUCUCCAGCCGUCCGAUCCGCUCCCGGUCUAGCAGCAGCCGCGAUAGACAGAAUCCGGAGUUCUUUCGCGGCCGUGGCCCGCAGAAAGGAGGAUUCCAGCUCGGGAGUUUCGGUGGGAGGGCUGGGCAAGGAAAGAGCCUUAUAGAGGACGAAGCUGAGCUCAGUGAUUGGGUCAGCGACCUGAAGACGGAUUCUAUCCGUUUAAGCAGCGACAGCGACGAUUCCGAUCGCGAUAUGGGUAGGGAUAGAGAUUCUUCGAGGAAUCUGAGAGGUAUGGGAAGGGACAGGCCUCCGUCCUCGAAGAGGCGCAGAGAGAGCGAUUCGGAUGCUUUUCCCGUCGGAGGUGGGAGAGCCUCUUCUCGAGGCUCGAUAGGGUCGAGGAAUUCGAGGGGUUCUGUCUCGAAGAGGCGGUUUGACAGCAAUUCUGAAGUGGAAGAGGAUGAUUUUUCUCCGAGGCAGCAGAGGGAGUACGGGUCCCGCGACGGGUUUUCUUCCUUGGCCAAGAGAGGAGGGAGAGUGUCUGGUUUGAGCAAUGGGCGGGGUCAGGAAGGCGGGAAUUUAGAGAGAGGAGGGAGAGUGUCUGGUUUGAGCAAUGGGUGGGGUCGGGAAGGCGGGAAUUUAGAGAGAGGAGGGAGAGUGUCCGGUGGGCGGGGUCGGGAAGGCGGGAACUUAGAGAGAGGAGGGAGACUGUCCGGUGUGAGCAAUGGACGGGGUAGGGGAGGCGGGAACUUAGAGAGAGGAGGUAGGGUUUCUGAAAGAAAAUCUCUUCGGGUUUUGGAGGAAAAGGAUGACGAUGAUGAAGACGACGAUGACGACGAUGAGAUGUCUGGUUUUGAAGAUAGUGAUGAUGAAGAAGAUGAUGUUAAGGACGUGUUUAAGGGCGUGAGCUCGUUGCCUCAAUUACUAGAAGAAGAAAGUGCACAACCAUUGCCAAAAACUUCAGCUGGGAAAUCUGAUUCUUACUUGAGCGAGACUAGGUUUGAUCAAUGUUCUAUCUCUCCCAUGUCAUUGAAAGGCAUAAAGGCUGCUGGAUACGAGAGAAUGACUGUAGUACAGGCAGCAACCCUCCCUGUCAUCCUUAAAGGCAAGGAUGUUUUGGCCAAGGCAAAGACAGGCACUGGAAAGACAGUAGCAUUUUUGCUUCCUUCGAUUGAGGUCAUUGCAAAAUUGCCUUCUCCUGAUCAUGAUCAGAAAAGACCCCCAAUCAACGUGCUCAUUAUAUGCCCAACACGAGAGCUUGCAAGUCAAGCUGCCACAGAAGCUAAUACCCUGCUGAAAUAUCAUCCUUCUAUUGGCGUCCAAGUUGUGAUAGGAGGUACAAGGUUAGCUCUAGAACAGAAACGCAUGCAAGCAAACCCUUGCCAGAUUCUUGUAGCCACACCUGGAAGACUUAAAGACCACGUUGAGAAUACACCUGGAUUCGCAACUCGACUGAUGGGUGUAAAAGUGCUUGUUCUUGAUGAAGCCGAUCAUUUAUUGGACAUGGGGUUCAGGAAAGAUAUUGAGAAAAUCAUUGCUGCUGUUCCAAAACAGCGACAAACACUUCUAUUUUCUGCCACAGUUCCAGAAGAGGUCCGUCAAAUUUGCCAUAUUGCUUUGAAGAGAGAUCAUGAGUUUAUUAACACAGUCGAAGAGGGUAGUGAGGAGACACACUCACAGGUCAGACAGACACAUUUAGUUGCCCCUCUUGACAAGCAUUUUUCAAUACUAUAUAGCAUUCUCACAGAGCAUAUAUCAGAGGAUGUUGACUAUAAGGUUCUUGUUUUUUGUACUACUGCAAUGGUCACAAGACUGGUUGCUAACCUUCUUUCCGAGUUGAACCUGAAUGUGCGGGAGAUCCAUUCUAGAAAGCCGCAGAGCUAUAGAACCAGGGUUUCUGAUGAGUUCCGGAAGUCAAAAGGUCUUAUUCUUGUGACUUCUGAUGUAUCUGCACGCGGUGUUGAUUAUCCAGAUGUCACCCUUGUUAUGCAGGUGGGCCUGCCUGCUGAUAGAGAACAAUAUAUACAUCGACUUGGUAGAACUGGCCGGAAAGGCAAAGAAGGAAAAGGAUUAUUGUUACUAGCACCUUGGGAGGAGUUCUUCCUAUCUAGUGUCAGGGAUUUGCCUUUAACAAAGGCUUCAUUACCUCCUAUCGAUCCUGACAUCCAAAAGAAGGUGGAACGUGGGCUGUCAAAUGUGGAGAUGAAGAACAAAGAAACGGCAUACCAAGCAUGGCUCGGCUACUACAAUUCCAACAAAACUGUCGGCCGAGAUAAGUGCAGGCUUGUGGAGCUGGCAAAUGAGUUCAGCAGAACCAUGGGCCUCGACACCCCACCAGCCAUUCCAAAACUCAUCCUUGGCAAGAUGGGCCUCAGGAACGUCCCGGGUUUGCGCACUAAAUAGAGAUCCGGCAUAGUUCUAAAGUACGCUUCUAACCAUUUCCCUCCAACUGAAUAGACAGGAGAUUUUUUUGGUGUAACUGAAUGCCUGAACAGAAAAGUUGCACUUCUCUGUAGUGAUCACCAUUUGGGCGGGAUGCAUUUGGAGGUGCUUUUUCCCCCCAUUUUAAGUGCUGCAUUUAUGGUAAUUUUCUGUUACAGUUUCUUUUGUCUAUGUUUGGCAUUAUAAAUUUGUGCCUUAAGAGAUGUAUUAUGUUACUGUGAAACUAUUCGUUGGUUGGUGCUGCAUUUCAAUUUACAGUGAAAAUACUAUUCCAUGGA